AUGGGACCCUUCGUCGCCGCCUGUGACAACUUCGGCCUGGUCAUCAACACGGAGAAGACGAUGGUUAUUCAUCAACCGCCACCCGACGCUAUGUAGGUCGCACCACAAAUCAACGUGAGCGGCACGCAGCUGCAAGCUGUGGACAACUUCACCUACCUGGGCAGCACCCUCUCCCGCAACACCAAAAUCGAUGGUGAAUUGACCCGUCAGAUUUCCAAAGCCAGCCGAACUUUCGGCCGUCUGCAAAGCGCAGUCUGGAAUCACCGCGGUCUCCACCUCAACACCGAACUGAAGAUGUACGAGGGAGUCAUCCUGCCGACGCUGCUGUAUGGAGCUGGGACCUACGGUGUACAAUAA